AUGACGCUUCUCUCAACCACAGUCCCGCAUCUCCAAGCGGCCUGGGAUGUCCACCCUUACCUCCUCCUCUCGGUUCCUUUUGCCCUCUACCUCCUCAUCUCCAAUGUCCGAUCCUAUCUCAAACUCCGACACAUCAACGGCCCGUUCUUGGCGCACUUCACCUACGUCUGGUUCGUGGGCAGUGUCGCCCGAGGAAAGAUGCUCAGCACUCUCCAGAAACUUACCUACAAGUACGGCCCUGUCUGUCGCAUCGGCCCGAACGAUCUUCUCGUCGGCGACUUUGACGAGGUUGUCCGCAUCAACGGGGUGCGGUCACCGUAUGUGAAGAGCGAUUGGUAUACUACUAUCCGGUUUGAUGUUGAUGGGGGGGACUCGGUUGUUUCGUUGAUGGAUACUGCGGAGCAUGAUGUGCGGAAGGCGAAACUGAUUAAGGGGUAUGAAGGGAGGGGGAAGGGGCAGGAUAAGGGGUGGAUGGAUAAGGUUGUGGAUAAGCAUUUGGUGGAGUUGGUGAGGUUGUUGAGGGAGAAGUAUGUCAAGCAGGGGAGGGAGAUUAACUGGACGAAUGUGAUGAGAUAUUUUAGUGCGGAUGUUAUGGUGGAGGCUUUGAUGGGUGAGGCAUGGUAA